CACACAUACACAUACACACACAUACAUACACACACAUACACACACAUACACAUACACACGCACUGAUUAAUCUUCUUUGCUGCUGGUUUGCUUUUGCUUUGAGCUGGUAUUUUGUACUGAUACUAAUCAGGGCCUUUGGUGCUGCUAUUACCAGGCAGGGAGCACCACCAGUCCCAGCUUCCCUUCAACCCACAAGGCCCCCUGCCUAUCCUUUAGUUGCAGUGCACCAAGGUGGCAUGCCCUCUUCAAACUUCCUUACCAUUCUAAGGGGAAGAGGUCCUUCUGGCCGUGCUGAUGAAGCUGCUGGAGGUGUGUCUUCUUCAAACUUCCUCACCAUCCUAAGGGGGGGAGGUCCUUCUGGCAGUGCAAAUGUUAGGUCAUUAUUCAUCCACUUACCUGGGGCAUCCACGCAAGAGGCCAUGCGUGAGAGACAGACUCAGCCUCAUCUGGUGGUGAGGGCUCAGCCUGGAACCGAACGCAACACCCUCAACCUGGCCGAAAGUGGCCCUACUCCCCGACGUCCCCUACCAGGUCGGCGAGGGCACUGGGCAAACGGCUGUCCUGAAGGAGCUUAUUUUUAAGGAAGAAGCACAUGGCCCUUGGAGGGGUGCACAUAAAUGAAAACAUGAAAUACAAGAAUACCUGAUUAGUGUAAAAAAUUAAAUAAGAGUUAUGUUAUUUUGAUAUGUAUAAUGUACCCCCUCUCUUUAGCUGUUAAUCUAUCUCGUUCUCUUCUCCUUCCUCUCCUUCUCCUCUCGCCCUGCUCCUGCUGCUGCUGCUCCUCUUCCUCCUCCUCCUCCUCUUCUGCUGCCUCCACCUCCUCCUCCUCCUCCUCCUCCUCCUCCUCCUCCUCCUCCUCCUCCUCCUCCUCCUCCUCCUCCUCCUCCUCCUCCUCAUCGCCCUCCUCCUCCUCCUCAUCGCCCUCCUCCUCUUUCUCAUCCUCCUCCUCCUCUUUCUCAUCCUCCUCCUCCUCUUUCUCAUUGUCUUCCUCCUCCUCCUCCUCCUCCUCUUUCUCCUCCUCCCCCACAAUAGAUAUUGUGAUAAAUAAUGUUAGUCUGAAGAUUUUUUCGAUAACUUAUGCUGUCUUUCAUUCCUUUUCUUUAUUAUUUUUUUGUUAUGUACAUUAUCCACCUUCUCUCUUAGAAGCAAGAUUUUACAAAAUGUAGAAUAUCACUUGCCAUACAUAGUUUUUUAGAAUGGUGUCUGCCUUGCUCUCAGAUCAUUCUGCUCCACGUCACUGGGAGUUGUGCGGCCGUUCAGAAGGGCUCUUUGUGCAAAUGCUAAUUGCAAAGGAUUCUCAUGUACUCUACCAGUGACAGAGAAUUAUUUGCAUGUUGGCGAUCAGAUGGUGCUCUAAUUAAUCGUGACACCAGUGUUUAGGUGCCAAGAUGGACUAAAGUAGCGUUGUCAACCUUGAUAGUAUUGUUUAAGGUUAUGACGUUGGAUUUUAGUUAUUUCAUUCCUUGUUUUGUUUUUUUUUCCUUUGAACCAAGGGGAAUUUCAGCAGUUGGAGAAUGGUGUUUUUCAUUAUGUGUAAUAUUAUUCUCAUUCUUAUUCUUAUUAUUAAUUAAUGAUAUUAUUAUUGUAAUUAUGAACUGUAAUAAUAAUGAUAAUUAAUAAUAAUAAUAAUAAUAUUAAAAAUGAUAAUUGAUAAUAAUGUUAGUAAUGAUAAUUGAUUAAUGUUAGUAAUGAUAAUUAAUAAUAAAUGGUAAUGUUAAUUAUAAUGAUAAUAAUGAUAGUUAUUAUUAUUAUUAUUAUUAUUAUUAUUAUUUUAUUAUUAUUAAUUAUUAUUACUAUUACUACUAUUGCUAUUACUACUUCUACUGUUGUUGUUGUUGUUAUUAUCAUUAUUAUUAUUAUUAUUAUUAUUAUUAUUGUUAUUAUUAUUAUUGUUAUUACCCUCUUUAUCAGCUUCAUUAUCAUCAUUCAUCUGUUUAUUUUUGUUGUUUAUGUUGCCCUUGUUAUUGUGAUUAUUAAUUAGGCAUAUGUAUUUUUUCAUUCUUUUUGGGGGAUAAUUGAUAUGUCUUUGUCUGCGUGCUUUGGAAUGAAGUAUUGCUGUAUUUUUAUAUAUUAAAGAAUGUGUUAAAUAUACAUCCUAAAAUAAUGUGAGCAUAUCAGUAUAUACAGAUUCUUGUUUUUUCUUG